ACUCGGUCGCGAAACAUCUCGACCCCUCCCACACCCCUGAAAUCGGCGGCGCCCGCUCAUGGCUAAAUCCUCUUCCGCCUCCGCUUCCCUCCCUCCAAACGGAACCGAAAUUUAACCCGAGAAUCCUUCCGGAGAAUCGAACCCGAGACCCGACCGUGAAAUCUUAGCCCAGAAAGCUCGUCGCGCAGAAGGGGAACCCAAAUCGAAGCAGUGUCCCAUGGGAAUCUCCAUCCGAUCUCUCAUCGUCGCCUCUCUCAUCCUCAAUUCGAUCGCCCUGGUUCUCGCGGCCAAAACCUUAGAUCCCUACAAGGUUGGUGUGUUCAUAGUUGCCUAAUUUUCGUGUAAGGGAGCAAUCAGGCUAAUGCGCACACAGCCACAUCUGGAACUGAUCAAGUGUGCUGCCACUUGAGCCGCUUCCGCCUAACAGAGACCCAGAGUAUUGCCGCCAAAGCAUAUGGUUCUUGGGGUUGACAAGAAUGCCAGCCAACGGGAUAUUAAGAAAGCCUUUCACAAGCUUUCACUAAAGUAUCAUCCUGACAAGAAUAAAGGCAAGGGUGCGCAGGAGAAAUUUGAAGAGAUAAAUAAUGCGCAUGAGAUUCUGUCAGAUGAAGAGAAGAGGAAAAAUUAUGAUCUCUAUGGUGAUGAGAAGGGUAACCCAGGGUUUGGUGGUGGAAAUUUUGGGAGUCGUGAUGGCCAUACACACUUCACUGGUGGUGGCCCCAAGACUACCUAUUUCUCAUCUGGCGAUGGAUGGCAGACAAUGGGUGGUCAGGGAGAUUCAAAAACAUUCUCAUUUUCAUUUGGUGGCCACCCUGGGGCUGGCGGUGCAAACCCAUUUGGCUUUGAUGUUGGUGAUGUUUUUGCCAACAUGUUUGCUGGUGGAUCAAUGGGAGGUAGCCAGCAUGGUGGAUCUGCUGGUUCGGCUAGACGCAGUGCAAGAACUUCCAGUCAGCACUCAAACUCUGUCACCAUUCCGGAGGUCACAAUGGAAACUUUCAAUAAAGAAGUAGCUGACCAAGGUGUUACUUGGCUUCUCUUAUUCUAUAAGCAACAUGCGAAAGAUCAAUUUGUGGUAGAAAGUAUCAUGGAGGAUGUUGCUCGUUCAUUAGAUGGUGCAGUGAGGGCUGGUAAGGUAAACUGUAAUAACGAAAAAGCUCUUUGCAAGAAGACUGGUGUCUCAGUAGGAAAAUCAGCCCGUCUCUUCAUUUAUUCGUACAGCACUACAGAAAAAGGGUCUUUGCAUGAGUACUCUGGAGAUAAUGAUGCUAAGAACCUGAAGACAUUCUGCCAAGAACACCUGCCUAGAUUCUCCAGAAGGGUAGACAUUAGCCAAUUUAGUUUCCCUUCAAAUGCCUUCUCAAACCUUCCUCAAGUGCUCUUACUGUCAACAAAGAAGGACACGCCAGUGAUGUGGCGUGCUGUCAGUGGGAUGUUCCGCAAUCGGUUAAUUUUCUAUGAUGCAGAGGUUCAGGAUGUUUCUCUUCCACUGCUCAAACGGCUUGGAGUAAAGAAUGUUCCGGCUCUUAUUGGUAGAAGUGUUAAUGGUGAGGAGCACCUUCUGAAGGAUGGCAUUUCAGUGAAAAAUCUCAGUUCUGGAAUCAAAGAAUUGAAGACUCUGCUCGAAAGUUUUGAGAAGAAGAACAAGAAGCUAGCAUCGAGCCAACCCAAGAAACCUUCCAAGACGAGUGAGCCGAAGGAGAACAAAAUCCCUCUUCUCACAGCAUCGAAUUACGGGGAAAUCUGUGGAGAGAAAGCUUCAGUAUGUAUCAUUGGUGUUUUCAAGUCAAACAAAGCCAAGGAGAAGCUGGAGAUCAUCCUGUCUGAGAUAUCUCAGAAGACUCUGAUCAGGGGAACGAGCUACAACUCUGGAAACCCGAUUGCCUACGCCUUGCUGGACGCGGGCAAACAAUCUGCGUUCCUGUCCUCGUUUGACAAGUCCGCAUACAAGUCGUCUGAUAAGCUUCUGCUUGCCUACAAGCCUCGUCGGGGGAGGUUUGCGGCUUAUAACGGCGAGGUAACGGUGGAAGAAGCCGAAAGGUUUGUGGCUUCCGUCCUGAAUGGAGACGUCCAGUUUUCGGCAACCAGACAGAAGCCUGUUCUUAGGUAGAAGCAACGGUCGCAAGCAUUGUUUUCUGAGAAAUGGUUGCAAGUAUGUAUAAGUUCUUAGGAUGCUCUAGUGUGCCUGAUCCGGGAGGCUUUGUACAUAGCUGAAUCUGUAAGAAUCAAGAGAGUAAAAUGUAAAUUGACGCUGUCUGCACUCUGCAGACAUUGGAAUAUACACUGACACGUUCUUUUA